UAUGACAGUUUGCUUCUGGGUAUGAUGAAAAGUAUUUUGAAAUUUCUCAAUAGAUUACGAGAAACAUAUUAAAUUAUGUGCUAAGUUUCAGCGAUUUAUUUAGACAACGCAACCUGCGAUCACAGUUCAUUCGAUCGCUGUAAUGCUAAAAUUGCUAAGGCAAAAUUUCGUCAAUCAUUCAUUUUCGGUUAACUUAUUUCACAUUAAUGUAAGAUCAACGACGUCGAAUAAAUCUUCAAUGGACAACAGUGGCGUUGAACGUCAAUGGAUUAAAAAUCCAUCCUAUCAAAACUAUAAGCCAAAAGCUGAUGAAACCGAGAUAACCGUAAUGUCCUACAACCUGCUCGCACAAGAUCUGAUUGACAAGCAUACCUAUUUGUACAGCACACAUAAUGGGCCGGAUCUGACAUAUCACGUGCGAUCGCAGAGACUGAUCAACGAGAUGAAGCGGAUUCGGCCGGACAUUCUUUGCCUGCAAGAGAUGCAAGAAAGUCACGUAAUGGACUUCAAACUGAAAUGUUUCUCCAUUGAUCUACAAGAACUUAUUUUCAAAAAGCGAACGCAGGACGAUCUCACCGAUGGAUGUGCGAUAUUUUUCAAUUCCGACUUGUUGGAACUGGUAAGCGAAGAGAAAGUGGAGUACUUUCAACCGAAUGUUCAUGUGCUGAACCGACCAAACGUAGCCAUUGUUGCUAAAUUCCGUCUCAGAACGAGUCCAUACAGCGAACUUGUCGUUGCCACAACGCACUUAUUGUACAAUCCCCGGCGGCAGGACGUGCGUUUAGCUCAGGUACAAGUGCUGCUUGCUGAAAUUGAUCGGAUCGCUUAUCAGGGAAUCGAUGAACAUUGCCGGGCUCGCUACUCGCCCGUCAUCUUAACGGGAGACUUUAAUUUUCAACCUAACACAGCUCCCUACUCUUUGAUCGUGAACGGUUAUCUGACGUACAGUUCGCUCAGCAAGAGAUUGCAAAUACCCAGACCAUACGAACCGAAAUUCGGUGACAUCUUACUGCCAAUUGAAUUGGGGAUCACAGACGAUUGUCAGCAUUUCGACCGAAAUGUACCGAUGCUGCAUAGCCAUGAAAACCAUACAAGCGAACGAGCCAUCGCACCCGUUGAAAAAUUGUAUGAGUCUCAGCUCCCAUUCCAGACCGGAAUGCUGAAACAUCGACUAAACUUUGGUUCGGUAUACGACGACGCUGUUAGUGCUUCAACGUACCAAGACCAAUGGGUGCUUGUGGACUACAUAUUUUAUCGCAGAGAAUCUACCAUGACAAACCACUCGGUCGAAAAGAACAUAAAAUUGGUGGCACGAUUUGAAUUGCCUUCCCGGGAACAGUGCUACUACCAUUUGCCAUACGGUGGCAUACCGAAUGCUUCGCAGGGUUCGGAUCAUUUUGCGUUAGCUGCGAAAUUUUUAGUGUCAUUUUCAGACGAUACCAGAUAAGGUAAUGACAAGUGAAAUGCGUUAAAAGGCUGUGAAGAGAAGAACUGUUGUUGAGUUUUCCAAUAAAUUUUUUUUUCUUACAA